AUGUCGGAUGAACCCGCACUGAAGCGGCCAUCCGGGCCAUCGGACAUGGCAUCGGGAUCGACGUCGACGAAGCGCUUGCGAUCCGACGCAUCUCCGGCUCCCGCUGCAGCAUCUGUGCUUGAAGCAUUCGGCUUGUUUCGCGACGAGAUUGACGACUACAACGACCGGCGCGAGCGCCUCAUCAAGACCUCGCGCGACGUCACCAGUCUCUCGAAAAAGGUCAUCUUUCUCCUCCACCGUUUCGACGUUGGCGACUUUGCCCCCGACCCAUCAUCCGCCACCCAAAAAUUGCUCGAAGAAGCCGAAUCCAAACUCAACCACAUUGUCGGCGUGCUGAAACAGGCAGCCGCGGCGGAGCAACUCGCCCUGCCAGAGCGCCACGACCGUCACGAACGAAACAUUGGCGGCGGUCUGGAAGAGUUCAUCGAAGCUCUGUCGUUCUACCACUAUCUUAAGACAACAAAGCUCAUCACGCUGCAAGAGGUUCAGGAACGCUUUCGAGAUGUACUCAAGGUUCCAAUCCAUCGAUAUCUGUUGGGCCUUUCAGACCUCACGGGCGAACUGAUGCGGUUCGCAACAAACGCUGUCGGUCAAGGUGACACUGGCAGGGUAGUGCAUCAUGUACUAGGCAUCACAAGAUGCCUCCAUGACACUCUCGACCCUUUCAUCCCCCUCGUCAACGAACUACGCAAGAAACAAGCCGUCACCAGACAGAGUCUCCAGAAAAUCGAACACAUCCUCUAUGCAAUCACCGUUCGAAAGGCAGAAUUUGCCGCAGACCCAGAGGCUCUCCAAGAGAUGUUGCGAAGAUCCCUAGAUUCCUCGGCACCACCACUUACCGACUGA